AUGGGUAGUAUCACGCCCUCCAUUGAAGACUACUCUGUUCCUGAAGAGGCCGCCCGCGUCUUCCACGAUGGCAUCCUACAGAACCCGCUGAUCAAGGCAUAUUUGCUGAGUGACUAUGAGGCGGACGCGAAGCUCAUCAGAUUCGAAGGCAGUGCCUCUCCGUCGCUACCCAUAAAUUGGCGCUUCGCUGAGAGUGUCUCUGCGCUGAAGGCUUACGAGGCUCUCGUUGUGAAUGCACUGCGGAAACGAAAAUAUGGCGUCGAACCCGCCGAGGUUGUCGUUAACACUGAUCACGCUCAGCUGUUCAUCAUGUCCACCUUAAUUUGGACUCUGGACCCCGAGGGCAAAGCAAUAACACUCGGGUCGCUCUCGGACCCAGAGAGUGCCAAAGAGUAUGGAAAGUACUUUCCCAACCGCGACAAGCACGCCGCAACCAGCUCCUUUCAUCGCUUGGCUGCCACAAACAUCUAUAAGACCAAGGACGGUCGGUUUUUUCACGCUCACGGCUCUAUGAAUCCCGAUCCGACCAUCUCUUCCCUCAAAUUGCCUCUCGAUGCCCCAACCCCGGCCCCAGACCUCGAGACCGCCACCGCUCCUUUCCAGGAGGCCUGCGCUCAAUACACCGCGUCCGAGCUACAGUCCCUUGCCGACACGCACCGACAAGCCGGCACCAUCGCCUGGACCGUCGAGGAGUACAACACUUCCCAACACGGCCGCGCCAAUGCUCACGUCGGGCUCUUCGAGAUUCACCAGCACCCCUCCGCGUCGCAAAAGGCAAGUUGGUGGCCUGACCCGGCGCCCAGCUCGAGUGUGCAGCCAUCAGCGGAACGGCCGUUGGCGGGGCUGAAGGUCGUGGACCUGACGCGCGUGAUCGCGAGUCCGGCGGUGAGUCGCGGCCUGGCGGAGCUGGGUGCGAGUGUGAUGCGUGUGACGUGUGAGGACGUCACGGACAUGAGCAGCUUGCAUCUGGAUCUGAGUCACGGGAAGUGGAACUGCUUCCUGAACCUGCGGAAGGAGGAGGAUCGAGAAACGCUGAGGGGGUUGGUGAAGGAGGCGGAUGUGUUCUUGCAGGGGUAUCGCCCGCACGUGCUGGAUAAGUAUGGGUUUGGACAAGAGGAUGUGUUGAAGCUGGUGGAGGGGAGGGACAGAGGGAUCGUGUACGCGAGAGAGAACUGCUAUGGGUGGCAAGGAGAGUGGAUGGGGAGGAGUGGUUGGCAGCAGAUUAGCGAUGCGUGCUGUGGGGUGAGUAUUGAGUAUGGAAGGGCCAUGGGCCUUGCGGAUGGGGAGGCCGUCACGCCGGUAUUUCCCAACAGCGACUAUUGCACUGGUAUCGCGGGGACGACUGCGAUUAUGACGGCUCUGCUGCACAGAGCCGAGCAGGGAGGUUCGUAUACUGUUGAUCUCGCGCUUAACUACUACUCCCGCUGGUUGACGUUCUCCGUCGGCACCUAUCCCAAAGAGGUCUGGAAGCAACUGCACGCACUUCACGGCAACCCCGUUUUCCGCCAUUAUCACAACAUGAACUACACCAUCCCGGCUCUCAUCAAGUGUAUCAAGCAGAACUGUCCUGACAAGCUGUUCCGCCCAGAGUUCUUCGACCGGUAUAAGGUCAAGAAUCUGGGAGGUGUGGAGGUGCAGGUCGUCAAGCCGGUGGCGAAGUGGGUGAACGGUGAAGUCAAGCCAGGUUAUCAGGUGGGCACGAGAGGGAACGGCGUCGAUCAGCCACGAUGGCCCGAGGAUCUGGGAGUUGAAGUUGUUGUGUAA